AUGGAACAAUAACUUUACUAGUGGUCUAGAAAUAUCAAGAAAUAAGCCCACAAAGGCUUGCAGUACUUAGACUAAGCAAAUGAUUGUAUAAAGGAUAAUACCGACUAAUAAAAGAACAAAUUGAAGGUUCUAAUAAAUUAAAAUUUAGGAAAGGGAAAGCGAAUGGAUUUUCUGAUUUUGCUUAAGAAAUGGAUAGAAGAAGUAUUAACAUUUAAAUAUCUACUGAUAGAUGUCUAAUCUUUUAAAAGCAUACUUGCAGAAUUAGCAUAAAUUAGAAAUGUUAAAUUGGAUUGUAAUCAUCUGGAAUAAUCAACAUAAAAAAAGAUGCUAUAAGAUAUACCCAUACCUUAAUCAUUUACUUGUGUUAUAUCUUAUGAAAUUAUGAAUGAACCUAUUCUAUUUAAUACUGGUCAAACUUAUGAAAAAAAUGCCACUCUUAAUAAAUUAAAUAGAAUGAGAGCAAAUCAUUCCAUAAAUGCAAGAUUAAAUCUUUAAUUACUUUAAGGAAUAAAUGAAUUAAAAAAAUAUGGGUGGAUUGGAAUAGAAUAAGAAGAAGACUACAAAGAAAUAAAGUUUGAAUGA